AAGGAGGAAGUCCUCUCCUCACAGCUCUGGUGGGUCUAAGAGAGUGUUCAUUCCAAUCCAUUGAAGUCCUGUAGAUUCUGUCCUCUACUCUGCAAUAUUUCCCCAGCAGUGUCACUAUCCAAGUCAGGGCUUGACUGAUAAAGUUCUGCUCUUGGUGAGAGACACAGACUCUGUCUUGGAGAAGAAGUCUGACUAAGGAUUCCUGGGGACCAGCAUCUGAACUGCAAGCUGGUGGUGAGAGAGCUCACUCAGCAUGGAUCUUACAUUCUUGGUUCCCAUACUAGUUCUCCUCCAUGUUGUGCUCCAACCAGGAUCGUCUGCAGAGGCUCCACAUCCGCCUGAACUCUCUGUCCGCAAGCAGCAGCUGGAAUAUUUUGAAGGCGAGAGGGUGGAUCUGAAAUGCUCUGCCAAUACCAACAGGACAGUGGGGGGCUUCAGGUUCUUCAACCAGAGCGGGUGGCCGAUCUCGACAGUGCCCCCCAAUCAUCUUCAGGAGGCCAGUCUCAGAUUUAGAGUUGGAAUGGACAGCUCUGGAAAUUACAGUUGUGAUUACUGGAUAGGCAGCGGGAGCACAGAAGCCACAUCUGCACGAAGCAACACCAUCUCGCUCAGAGUCAAGGAGGCUCCUGGUGCCCCAUCUCUCUCUUUGAAUCCCAGUCUCCCUACGUACGUCUGGGGAGACAAUGUCAGCCUCGUGUGUUCAGCUCCACUUGAAACCAAGAAGGUGUCGGAGUUCCAAUAUUACGGUGAAAAUGCUGGAAUGUCAGUUUCCUCCCUCAUCUCCAUGUACAAUCUCACCAUUGAGAAAGCACAGCAUUUGGGGCUGUACAGGUGUGCAUAUAUUCUGCACCUUUCUGGAAGACCUGUCAUUUCUAAGCGGAGUAACCCUGUCUCCAUUGCUGUCACAGGUACAGAUGGUGCCCGUCCAUGGGUCCGGAUGUUGGCUGUUGGCUGCUCAUUCUUCACCAUCAAUGGCCUCAUCUUCUUGAUCGCUCACUGUCUUUUAAAAAGAAAAGGUCCCUGAAAUACGACAUCUACUUCCACUUCUUUGACUGCUUCUUUGCAACCAGUAUGAUCUACCUUAUUAUAUUAUAUGCAUAUUAGCUUCACCUGGAGGUCACGUGGACACAAAGAAAAUAUGGCCCACAUCCUCUUUAAGGAUAACCCAUACAGAAGUUCCUGAAAUAUUUCGAUGGGAUUAUUCUGACUGCAUCUCCUUCAUGUUUAGGCCUAGGUUAUUUAAGAUAAUGUCUUCUUCGCUAUGAGCCUUGACGCCCAUGGAGAUCAUCUAGUGAUGUCAUCUGCAGUUGCCACCAGUUCAUCUGGUGGUUACUCAGAGACAGGUUUUCUCUGUUGCCAUCCUGAGGCUUUGGAAUGCACUCCCUGCAAAAAUAAAAGCAUUCCCACCUCUGAUAGCUUUUUAAAAAGACUCUCAAGACAUAUUUAUUCUAGCUUUUUUACUAGAAUUGUGGUUUAAAACUGUUUUAAUGUUGUAAUUUCAGGUUUUUUUAUGUUUAUUGUAAAUCACCCAGUAAGUAUGGGGCAGUGUACAAAAAUACUAUAUAAAUAAAUGUUGAUAUAAGUU